AAUAGGACUUCUAUUUUGAAAGAUAUUACCGGAAGUACGGGAUUUCCAUCGUGGUUGUCUUGACGUUGCUCCUUAUUUUUCCCGAUAUUAAACCUUGGGGGAGGGAUCCUUGAGUGCUGUCGCACAACUACGGUAGACUACAGACUGUACUUUCCGACUUGCGCUGUGUGAGUUGAGCGGGCGGCGGAGGGUCCACUUGCGAGGAUACUCAAAAAUAGCUUCCAAAGGCGAUUAGGCAUGACGGAUACUAACGGAGGGGCUCCGCGGGACUCCACGUAAAGAUGAGGAUUCCUCCGGUGUGGGCGCUGGGCGCUUGCCAGACUGGGUGAAGUGAGACCUGAGAGGGAAACCCGCUGAGAAAAAACACCGCCUGGGACUGCUGAGGAGGACCUCUGUGCAGGUUCACACGGCUGUCGGCAGGGUGGAGCUUUCUGACCCAUGGAGAAUUACUUCCAGGCCGAGGCCUUCAAUCUGGACAAGGUGCUGGAUGAGUUCGAGCAGAACGAAGAUGAGACAGACAAUCCCAUUCUCUCAGAUGCCAAGUGGACCCAGAUUCUGGCCCCGCCAGCCCACCUGCUCUCUCUGAACCCCGCCCUGGCCCACGCAGACCUCAGCCCCCGGGAGAGUCCACUACCCUUCAAGACCCUCCCUGACUCCUCUUCCAGCACCUCCCCGGGGGCCGACCCUAAGAGACAUCCUGGUCCCGAGCCUCCUUCAUGGGCAGAGGAGAGGCCGGCAGACGUCCACAGCCCACCCCUCCCCCAGCCCAACAUCGGCAAACUGGUGGGCACAGACGACCUUUCACCAACACCUGUGACGGCCUGUAGUGCCGUGGAGAACGGCUGUCCUACCAGCCUUACAAGCCCACAGCUAGAUGGGCUUAGCAAGGAGAUAAGUUCUCCUGCAGAUAACCAGCCUGGUGCUUCUGACCAGGAAGCUAAAACUCAUCAGGAGGAGAGAGCCGCCUCAGCAGCUGGAGGAGGAGACACUGGUGUCAGUCACACUCACUUUACCUUUGAGGUUGGAUUAGAACAGGAAGAAACUCUGCCUCCGAAAGUUCAUCCAAAUGUGGAACCAACAAUACAAAAUGGGACUGGUGUCAAAGAGGAGGUGAUUACUGCUGUUUUACAGGACAAUGGUCAAGAAAAACAAACAGCAAACUCUAAUGAGGAGCAGAUAGAAACUGUCCUGAACAGAAGGAGAGACGUUCAGCCUAGUUUUGUAGUGGAGGAGAAUGGUAUACCUUGCCCUGACAGGAUUGGAGUUGAGGAGAAGGAGAAAAGAUAUGGUCCAGGAGAACAAAUAGACCAAAUCUUCAGAAUAACAAGCCUUCCCAAUGGUUUGGAGCAGGAGAGCAGUAGUCAUUCUGAGCUUAAGGAGACUGAAGAGAGGGAGGAGGAGGAGGAGGAGGAGGAGAGUUUUUCUCCCUCUCCUGUCCCCUCCAAAGAGGACUCUGUAACUGAGGAAAAAGAAAUGGAGGAAAGCAAGCAGGAGAACGGUGAUGGAGGAGCAGUGGGAUCUGGUAGCAUCCAACCAAAACUCAACAACAAUCGGCUGCAGCCGGUCAGUGUUCCCUACGGAGGGGCCCGACCAAAGCAGCCGGUCAGCCUCAAGCUCCAGAUCCCACAGCCGCUGUCAGGCCAGGUCCAAAAUCAGCUCAGCCCAGCUGCUGUCAGCAAGAACAAAAACCAGGAAAAUCAGAGCAGGAGAGGUACGCCCUCUGAAACUACACUCAGUGGGACAGAUCUCAGUGCAGUUGGGGUGAAUGGCGAUGGUAUUGCCCACUCUCCUCUCCUGAUGCCCACGGGGAGCCCAGACAAUGACCUUCAGGCAGGCCAGCAGGGUGCUCUGUGCAGGAAACCUGCCAGUUCCCUGGGAGAAGUUGCCCCUGUGUGGGUGCCUGACUCCCAGGCUCCUGUCUGCAUGAAAUGUGAUGUCAAAUUCACCUUCACCAAGAGGAGGCACCACUGCAGGGCCUGUGGCAAGGUUUUCUGUGCGACGUGCUGCAGCCUAAAGUGCAGGCUCAUGUACAUGGACAGGAAGGAGGCUCGCGUCUGCGUCACCUGUCAUUCUGCUCUGACGACUGGUGAGCAUCAUUGCAAGGACAUAGCUCAAUCAUGGGAGACACCAGCCCCUGCAAGCAACCACAGUCCGAACCCCAACAACCCAGCGGAGUACUGUUCCACCAUCCCCCCUCUGCAGCAGGCCCAGGCCUCUGGGGUGCUCAGCUCCCCUCCUCCUACCGUCAUGGUGCCUGUGGGAGUCCUGAAACAGCCUGGCAACGAGGGGUCCCUGUCACGGGAGCAGAGGAGGGUGUGGUUUGCUGACGGGGUCCUACCGAACGGCGACACUGCAGAGUCCCCCAAACCUCCAACCUCCAGCCCAGUCCCCUCCCAGUCGAUGGCCAUCUCCACAUAUUCAAACAAAUCCUCCACUUCGGAAUCCUCAGAGGCAUCCCAUACCCCGGUUGCCCCGGUGGGCAGCCCCGUGGGCAGCUCCCUCAGCCUGAUCCCGGAGGACGGGCUCCCUCCCAUCCUCAUCUCCACCGGAGUCAAAGGAGGUACGGGAGGCCACAUCACAGACUAUGCAGUGGAGGAAAGGCCUUUGGAGAUCGUCCUCAUGCAGCAGCUGGAGGAGGGGGGCCCAGACCCCCUGGUCUUCGUGCUCAAUGCUAACUUGCUCGCCAUGGUCAAACUCGUCAACUACGUAAACAGGAAGUGUUGGUACGUGACGACUAAGGGCAUGCAUGCUGUCGGUCAGGCAGAGGUGGUCAUCCUGCUCCAGUGUCUACCUGACGAGAAGACCAUCCCUAAAGACAUCUUCACACACUUCGUGCAGCUCUACCAGGAGGCCCUCAGUGGCAACGUGCUGAGCCACCUGAGUCACUCAUUCUUCACGCAGAGCUUCCUGGGCAGUAAGGAGCAUGGCGGCUUCCUCUACAUCAGCCCCUCCUUCCAGUCACUGCAGGACCUGCUGCUGCCCAACCCACCCUACCUCUUCGGCAUCCUGAUACAGAAGUGGGAAACACCCUGGGCUAAGGUUUUCCCCAUCCGCCUCAUGCUGCGGCUGGGCGCAGAGUACCGAUUUUAUCCGUGUCCGCUCUUCAGUGUCCGCUUCAGAAAACCCCUCUUCGGAGAGACCGGUCACACUAUCAUGAAUCUGCUCGCAGACUUCCGUAACUACCAGUACACGUUGCCGGUGGUGAAAGGUCUGGUUGUGGACAUGGAGGUGAGGAAGACGAGCAUCAAGAUCCCCAGUAAUCGCUACAAUGAGCUGAUGAAGGCCAUGAACAAGUCCAACGAACACGUGCUGGCCAUGGGGGCGUGCUUCAACGACCGGGCCGACUCUCACCUGGUCUGCGUCCAAAACGAUGACGGGAACUAUCAGACGCAGGCCAUCAGCAUCCAUCACCAGCCGCGCAAAGUUACUGGAGCCUGCUUCUUUGUGUUCAGUGGUGCUUUGAAAGCCUCGUCGGGCUACUUAGCCAAGACCAGCAUCGUGGAAGACGGUGUGAUGAUCCAGAUCACAGCUGAGACCAUGGACUCCCUACGGCAAGCCCUGAGGGACAUGAAGGACUACACCAUCACGUGCGGUAAAGCCGACCAGGAGGAGAACCAGGAGCUGGUCCACAUCGAGUGGACCGAGGACGACCACAACUUCAACAAGGGUGUGAUCAGUCCCAUCGAUGGGAAGUCUAUGGAGUCCAUCACCAGCGUCAAGAUCUUCCACGGAUCGGAGUUCAAAGCCAACGGCAAAGUCAUCCGCUGGACAGAGGUGUUUUUCCUCCAGAGUGAAGAUCAACCCAACGGUCUGAGCGACCCGGCCGACCACAGCCGGCUGACGGAGAAUGUGGCGAGGGCUUUCUGCAUGGCGCUCUGUCCGCACCUGAAGUUGCUGAAGGAGGACGGGAUGGCCAAACUGGGGCUGAGAGUCACUCUGGACUCCGACCAGGUGGGUUACCUGGCAGGAAGUAACGGCCAGCCCCUCCUGCCUCAGUACCUGAGCGACCUGGACAGCGCCCUGAUCCCCGUUAUUCACAGCGGGGCGUGUCAGCUGAGCGAGGGCCCGGUCAUCAUGGAGCUGGUCUUCUACAUCCUGGAGAUCAUCUCCUAGGCAUCUUCAUCUUCUUUGACUUUCUGACGUCACCUCACAGCCCCGUCCUCCGUCACCUCCCUCCAACCGUUUGCACUUCGAAAGAGCCCGAAAAACUGUGUGCCGUGCCAGGCGGGGUAGCAUUCCUCAAGUCGAACCUAUGCAUCCAAAACCACCGCCUGUUUUGCUCCAGAGGCCGUUUGGGGCCUGAAGAAGCUCCAUGUAGUGAACCUCACCUGACAGGGGCGCCGAUCCGCCUCUGGUGUUCACGUGAGGCGCGCCGAGCAGGAAGUGAGCACCAGAGAUGGAACUGAGUGACCCCAGGGUGGUGUUACAGCGCCUAUAACAAGUGCUAACCCUCCUCUGAAGUAUAAGUUUGAUUGCUUGCGAACAUUGAGGCAAAGUAGAUGUGUGGCUUUUUUGACUCAGAGCAUUACAAAAUACCUUUUUUUAACUGAUUCCUAGUAAAGUUAUAUCAAUAAAUUAUGAUCAUAAAAUAAAAAAAUACAAGUUUGCAUCAGUAUUCACCUCCAACAAUACACCUGAAUCAUCAGUGGUUUCUAGAGACUGCAGUAAUCCCAUGAGGACAUCUGAAUGACUGAAUUCACCCAAAGCUGAUCACAAACGAGUCCUAAUUACAGUGAACGAAUGAAUUUGAGCCCCAGAUCUCAUUCCAGUCAAGAAUUUUGUGGCCCUACAAACUGAUUUUGUAUUGCUUCUCUUACCUCUCGCAAUAUUUUCAUUUUUCCUAAAUCUGUGAAUUAAGAGUUGAUUUCAACCAAACCUGAGCUGGUGAUAGUUUGAACAGUAAGAUUUUUUUUGUCCUUUUUGUCAACUUGUAAUGAAAUGAAGUGUUUUAAGAUGAUAAAAUGACUGAUUUUGUAAAACUGAGUCUGGUGGAUUUGGCCAGUGCAAUUUAGCGUCCAUGUCUGGUCAAACAAACUGGCUUUACUCUUUAACAGCGAGGUCCACCUCUGUAGGGAUCCUUGGAAUCAGACACAGUCUGAGCCUGUCGGUGGCACAUUUAGUGGACGUGUUUUUGACAUUGAAGUUUCCCCACAAGCAUGUAAUUGCAGCUGUCGCAGCCCAAAUCAUGUGAACAGAGAGCCCAGGUUUAAAAUAGUUUGACAGUGUCAAAACAGCCACUUUUAAUCUACUUUGAAUAAAGUCGUAAAAAACCAUUAAACCUGAAUAAUUCAAAGGAGGGCGAGUGCUUUAUAUAGGAUUUGUAUGUAGCUCCCAUCACUCCAAUGUCACUGUGGCAGCCAGGGGUCCUGAAUCACUGAACUCUGAAAUAUAUCUGCAAAGGCCUCUGUGUAGCACGGAUGCUCUGAAAAGAGGGGGACUCAUAUUCACCGCUGAGAAGCCUGGACUCUUCUUCUGCGGAACAUCGCGGGGAGCUGGAAGGUGCGUCUGUGUGGUGAUUUUUUUUGUUUGUUUGUUUUGAUUUUGCACCGUGGUGCUCAGUGCCUGCAGCAGCGAUUCAUCACACAAGAAGAAAGAAGAAGAGAAAGAGAGAAAGAGAAAAAAAACAAACAGUUCGGCUUCACCUCUUAAGCUUUACUCAUCGAUUUCACCAGAUGCUUUACUUCAUGGACAAACACACAGACCUGUUGUACAUAUUUUUAUAGGCGUGACGACUUCUCCUCCAUUAUUAACUCUGCAUCUGUAGCCUCCAGUUAAAGACAGUAUUACUGAAGUGACUCUGUGAAAUAAGAUUACAUGUUAACUCUGACAGCCCUUUCGUCCUACAGUAGACAGCUGGUUAUAUAUUUAAAAAAAAAAAAAAAAAGAAGGUUCCAAUGCUUUAUUGAUAAUCUCAAUCUGUACAUAAAGCUGAAAAUCAGAAGAAAGGAAAUCAGUUUUUUAAUCUCAUCGAUCAUCUCAAAUGUCACAGGAGCUUGUUGUUUGUCCGGCAGUGGUUGGAAAAGCCACUCGAGUUAUUUUGGUCUUUUUAAUCAUACAAAGAGAAUAACUGUUGAAGAUGUAAAGAUAUAUACAGUAUAAAUAUAUAUAAAUAAUUAUAUUAGAGCUGUAUUAAAUUGCAGAAGCAGUGCACUGGAUUCUAAGCCAUUUACAGGAGAGUUGAAGCGAGCGUCGGGAUGUCCUGGACGACGUCUGUUUUAGAAAACUCUGAAAAGAUCGAGGGGUUCCUGCAGGAAAAAAAAAAGAUUGACCUGAAGCUGAAUGUAUUUCAUCUUACAUUUCCUACAACUUCCUGUCCUUCCAAAGCCCUAAAAAUCAUCACGAUCAUCGCGCUCCAGACGUGUGUAGGAACCCUUUAGAUCGCUCAAGUGUCGUCUUCAAAAGGCCUCAACUGUUUUAGAGUAUCUACAAACAGUUUCUCUCUCUGCUCUGGACUGUGCUCUCCUUCAGCUACAUGGACCUGGAAAAAAAUAUAAGAAUGUAUUCCUCCUAUUUCUGUUCAAAUCUGCAAAGUGUGUUUUUUAUGUUAUCUGGCUAAACUAACCACCCAAAAAAAAGGAAAAAAAAAAAAGAAAAAUCACCCUGUCAUGUCCAAAAUGCUCUGUACAGUAAUCAUCUGCAUUAUGGCAAAUAUCUCCAUCUUUAAUCAUGCUAAUAUAAAAACCAGAAGGGGCUAAUACACAACAAGUGCUGUCGACACAGUACGAGAGGUUUUGUUGAAGCAUUUCAUUGAGGGGAAAAAAAAAACAAACAAUCGUCAUCACAAGUGAGAA